AUAAGCCACAUACAUGAUAUACGUUGGAUGUAUAAGACUGCAUGAUAUCAGCACUUCUUUAAAAUGUUAUGGAUAUAUGUGAACUUUGGAAGUGAGCAUUUUUUCUCCCUAACAAGGUUAUCGUUUCUUAAAGUGCUAUACCAUCUAUUAAAUUGAUGUAACAGGAUCCAGUUCCUCAAUAGCUGAAGUUUAUCAACACCAGAUUGAUACAAUGAUAAGGAGAUGGUGCCGCAGAAAACGUGUUCCGUCUAUCUUACUCUCGACGUUGAUGGCGCUAGGCUACAUCUUCCUCAGACUACAUGCAUUGCAUGUUCCAGAAAAGCAACAUCCUGCAAAGAAGAAAACAAGUGCCUCUGAAACAACUCAUUUGACAACAUCACCCAUAUCACCAGUUCGGUUCAACAUCCGGUACAAACUCAACAUAUCGAAUGACGGACCAAUCGUCCUCAUUACAAGCAACAAAGCGUUCAUGGACUUUGCAGAGAACUGGCUGGAGAGUGUCCACCGCCUGGGAAUCCGUCCGAAUAUCCUCGCAAUCUCUGAGGACAUAGUGGCCUACAGGACUUUCCUGAGGUAUCCCAACGUGACAACCGUCAUGACGCAACGAGCCGCCUCGCCGCAGAAGACGCUAGCCUACCUCUCGCACGAGUACAACGUUCUCAUCAACAAGCGACCCGUGUACAUCUACAGGCUCCUAGCCAAGGGCAGGGAUGUAUUGUUCAGUGAUGUCGACAUCGUGUGGCUUGCGGAUCCAUUCCCGCACCUCGAGGGCGACUACGACGUGGUGCUUCAGGAAGAUCUGCAUAAUCCGAAAGUUGUCUAUUGCGCGGGGUUCAUCUUCUUCCGCGCGACCAAUGCAUCACGAGCGUUCGUCGGGGAAUGGAUCAGCCGUAUCCACAAGGCAAGGGAUAACGUACCCGAUCAGAGAUUGUUAAACCAACUCAUAGGGGAAAACUUUGGGAAUCUGAGGAUCAAAGUUCUUGAUUCGUCUCUCUUUCCGAACGGAAAGCUUUACUUUGAUGACGAGUGGAGAAGGCGGCAAACCGCAAAACCUGUGAUAGUCCAUAAUAACUGGAUUGAAGACCACGAAGAGAAAGUACGGAGAUUUGAGAAACAUAGUUUCUGGUACUUAUGAAACAUAACUGUGUUAUCCAUCUUUAUUUAUUUCAAGAAAUAAAUGGCAAAAAACAUUUUAA